GCCGCCGCCGAGAGGUGCCGAGACAUGGGAGAACAGCCCAUCUUCACCACCAGAGCCCAUGUCUUCCAAAUUGACCCCAGCACCAAGAAGAACUGGGUUCCUGCAAGCAAGCAGGCUGUUACUGUUUCCUACUUCUAUGACAGCACGAGGAACAGUUACCGGAUUAUCAGUGUGGAUGGAGCCAAGGUGAUCAUAAACAGCACCAUCACCCCCAACAUGACCUUCACCAAAACGUCGCAGAAGUUUGGGCAGUGGGCAGACAGCAGAGCCAACACCGUGUUCGGGCUGGGCUUCCCCUCUGAGCAGCAGCUGACAAAGUUUGCAGAGAAGUUCCAAGAAGUAAAAGAAGCUGCCAAACUUGCAAGAGACAGAUCUCAAGAGAAAAUUGAGACCUCAAGCAAUCAUUCACAGACCAGCUUUGCAGCCAAGAUGAAAAGGGAGAUGCAGGAGACACCCAGUGUUCGUUUGUGUGUUGUGCUGCAGGAGUCUGGACGUGAAACUCCCUCUUCCACUCGAGCUUCAAGUGUGAAUGGCACAGACGACGAGAAGGCAUCACAUGGUGGCCCUGCUGAGGCACAUCUCAAAUCUGAGAAUGAUAAAUUAAAAAUUGCUCUAGCCCAAAGUUCAUCCAACGUGAAGAAGUGGGAGACGGAGCUGCAGUCUCUGCGGGAGAGCAACGCGCGGCUGUCCACAGCGCUGCAGGAGUCUGCGGCCAGCAUCGAGCACUGGAAGAAGCAGUUCUCAGCCUGCAAGGAGGAGAAUGAGCAGCUGAGGGGCAAGAUUGAAGAAUUGGAGGAACAGUGCAAUGAAAUAAAUAAAGAGAAGGAAAGAAAUGCACAAUUGAGUAGACGUCUCCAGGAACUGGAAACAGAACUUCAGGACAAAGAGCUGGAACUGGAAGAGCUCCGAAAGCAGGGUGAAAUUAUACCAGAGCUAAUGUCAGAAUGUGAAUCUGUAUCUGAACAAUUACAGGCUGCUGAGAAAAAGAACAAAGAUCUCGAAGAGAAAGUCAGAACGCUAAGGACAGAAGUUGAAGAGAACAAACAUAGGCAGACCAACCUUAAAACUGAAUUAAAGAAUUUUUUAGAUGUACUAGAUGGGAAGAUAGAUGAAUUACAUGAUUUCCGACAAGGACUGUCUAAACUUGGGGUUGACAAUUAGAUGGCAAUAGAUCUUUUUUGUAAUCUAGGGUCUGGAUGUUCGAUGUUUUGUUGAUCCCAAACGUGUGUUUUACAAAAUAUAACUAGAAUAUUCCACUUGUUUGCAUUGGUUUUGUACAUAGAGGCUGAAAAUUUGCUGUGGGGUUUUUUUGGUGGGUUUCUUUUUUUUUUGUUUGUUUAUUUACCAAACCAAUCGUGCUGCUCACUGAAUUCUGUUGAGAUUAGAAACUUUCUAUAUCGCUGCUCUGGCUUUGUGGGGUUGGGAACAGGUAGAGAGUUCUGUCUCAGGAAUCUGGAACUAGAUCUACCUUAAAAUGAAUAUGCAGUUAGUUGUUGCAGGGAAAUUUAUAUCUUUCUUAAGGGCUGUUGCACCCAUAGAAACAGAAAAGAAGUCUUUUUCUUGACCGAACUAUCAGCACUCUUAGCAGAAUUGACUUUAUUCCAUGGUGGAGCAGAGAAAUUAGCUGGAGCCCCUGCAGUUUGUAAAAUGUGCCUGUGAUGAGCUGCAGUCAGGAGAAUCACUUCUCACGGCUACCAGUAUCUUUAGAGACCAUGCCAAUCAGGCCUGAUUCACCAAAAAACCCCAGUGGAUUUCAGAUAACCUCUGAUAGAGGUUUCAUGUGCUUGCCUGGACCCAUACAGCACAAAGUCAACAGUGCAGAAAUGAGUUUCAGCUCUUUAAGACACAUGACUUCAAGAGCUGAGAGUCAGUGAGGGCAACUUCUCUUGCCUAGCAGCAUCACCUCUCUCUGGCCUUCAGUUUUGAACCCAUAUAGUUCCAUCAUUAUGUGCAACUCUGAUAAAUGCCCACCUGAGUCUGGGGGGUUUAUUUUUAAAAGUGAUAUGUUGCUGGUUUCUACAGGACUUAUGCCCCACUGCAUGCAACUUGAUUGUUAUUGAUUGACUUCUGCAGCAGUGAGGAAGGAGACAUGGGUCUGAAAAGCAUCAUAAAGUUACUGGAAGGUGUUGCUGAGAAACCAAUUUCUGCCCAGGAUACUGGCAGGGCAAUGGCCAUGUGAAAUCAAAGUCCUUUCCUUUGAUUUCUGCAUUCUCUGGCACUAGGGUAGGAGUUAGUCACCGAGCUAGAUUGUACAAAAAAAACCCCUCAACCCGAGAUGCAGAAAUGCUUUUUUAUUCUUGAACUGAUUAUUCAGCAGCUCUAAGAGUAUUUUGAGAAAUGCAAGGUCAUACCCUGGCCUUCAGUGAGGAGGAAGUUCAGUUCAUCACAGACAAGGGUGUCAAAAGGGCCAGAGAGGAGAAUCCAGCCCAAGCUUUGCUCUUUCCCCUAGAACUUCCUUCAACUUUUCUCUCUUUCUCCAUAAUCUGUUUUGAGAGUGUUGACAUGGGAACUUAAUUAAUUCAGGAAGGUACUUGUGUGUACAUGAUAUUGUUAUUUGUUUGAUUCAGACAACAGCUUGGUUAAGCACUGUGUUGGUGCUUUCCAGCAGUGACUGAUAUCAAAUGGCCAUGCUUUUCUUGGAAUUCCAGGGCUUUUUUCUUUCUUUGGGACAUCUUGAUUAUUAAAGUGACCUUUAAAAGAAAGGUGGGUUGUAGAUGAAACAUGCAUUGAAUACUUUUUUGCAGAUGAAUAUAUAAUCCCCAUGGUGGAGAUAGGAUCUGUCUGCAAUUGUCCCUUGAAUUUUCAUUUUAUCUGUUACUGUUACAUUAUCUUCAUUGCCUGUUUUUUAGAAUGGGCUUUGAGUAUUUUUGCUUUAACUCCUUUGAAACAAUGGGUGUAGAGCUAGGACCUUUCAUAACCAUUAUGACCAUUUAAGUCUCUUUUUAAAAAAUUGAUUUAGGCUGUUGAUAUUUGAAAAUAAAAAUAAAAGUCAGGUACAUAGCACGUAGGCGUGUGAAAAUUAGACUUUGCCAACAUGGAAGAUUCAACAGUUGCAUAAUGUGGGGUUAGAUCAGACUUCUCAAAAUUGAAAAUGACGUCAGAAACUGUGUGGUUGUGCACAAGUAGUCUCCAUUUUUAGUCUUUUUAUUUGAUAGAAAGUCAGAUAUACACCAUAAUUUAGCAGGCAGCUCAUCCUGCGUCUCCUCUCCUCCCAUGCUGCUUUUUGGUCCCUGCAUCAGCUGGAAAGCACAGGAUAACACAAUUAAGAGCUGCAAGCAAUACUGGCAGUCAGGGCCCUCAUUCCUCACAGUGGUUCAUUGCUUUUGCACCAAGGACCCUGCCCUGUCUUCCUGCUGAGUAAUCUUAGGGCUUCUCUCUUUGUUUUAACAUAAAUUACGUUUUUAACAUGAUACUGGGUAAAAGGAUGCAAAAGACUCUGU